UCUCGUGUACUGAGCGCAAGGACCUACAUGCAAAUUAUGGUCUACAAUGACCAACUGUUAUGUGCAAGAGCGAAUUCAUCGUUCAUUGUAGCAGUAGUGGACAAAAGUGUUUAUAAAACAACCGGAGCUAUCGAUAUCAAUCAAGAUGCGGUUCCCAAUCGAGAUUCUCAGCCUGAGCACUCUCGUUCCUGCAUUGAGCAUCCGCCCACGGACAUAUAGCCAGCUUCCUCUCCCAUCCCGCCUCGUAUAUCAGUUUGAGGAGAACAACAAUUGGAUCGAGAACAUUGCCGUCCGAAGCAAUGGAGACCUUCUCCUUUCCAUGCUGACUAGUCCCGAUGUCUACCUGCUCAGUGGCCCACAGACCGACUCACCAAAGCUAACCCUCCUGCACCAUUUCGACACCCUCACCGGCUUGCUUGGUAUCACAGAGGCCCAACCGGAUGAUUUCAUCGUCGUCGGUGGAAACUUCUCAGGCAUCGGCGUCGCAAUCCCCCGCACCUCGUCCGUCUGGCUGAUGAGCCUCGGUCGCGUCUCCAAGGUCGUGGACAUUCCCGAAAUCGACUUCGCAAAUGGCAUGGCUGCUCUCCCAUGGAACAGGGACAUCGUCCUAGUGUCCGACUCCUCAAACGGCCAGAUCUUCCGCCUCGACACGAAGAAAGGAACGUACGAGGUUGUCAUUGACAUUCCCGAGAUGCACGUCACUCCGGAUGCCAAGCUACCCAUUGGUGUCAACGGCGUGCGCAUAAAGGGCCACACGCUCUACUGGAGCAACAGCGCGAGGAAGACGCUUUUCAAGGCUCGUCUGGAUGAAAGUGGCGCCAUCGCUAGUGGAGCAAAGGUUGAGACCAUUGCCACCCUUGACGUCGCGUUCAUCGACGACAUUUCCGUCGAUGAGUACGACAACAUUUGGGCUGUCACGAACCUCGACAACAGGCUCAUCGUUGUGACGCCCGAUGGCAAGAGCACCGUCGUCGAAGGCGCAGUGGAUUCGUUGGCCGUGGCUGGCGACACUGCGUCCUCGUUUGGGAGAACGCCAGAGGACAGUGAGAUACUGUAUGUCGUCACUGGUGGUGGUUUGGGAGCCCCGGUUAAUGGAACGAUAACGGAGCCUGGAAAAGUCGUCGCCGUCGACACAAAGGGAUUUUUCCUCUAGGGCAUCAGGG